AUGAACGCUGCUCCAUACUGGAUUGGUAUUCACAAGAUCAAUGGUUCCUGGAUGGCACCAUCACAGGAUAGAGCUGCCGCUGCAUCCCAUGGUUAUCGGCAUUUCGGACAUGAACCAGCAAAAUUUACAAACUGGGGCCCAUUGCAACCGGAUGGUUGCUGUGGUUUCAAUAUGACCUGCGUUCUGGUGGACUUUGACAAUCUUUUUGCCCUGUGGAAUGAUGCUGGUUGCGAACAUGCUUGGACACCGUACACUGGUGUUGUUUGCCAAAGAUACGGCGACCAACCUGUUUUUCCAUUUUAA